UGUCCGGGGCGGCCCCGGCGUGGCGACGCCACCGCCCUCGGCGCCGCCACCCCCUCUCCCCCCGCUUUCGCCUUUGGCUCCUUCCGGGGAUGGGGAAUCGACCGAAAAUACUUAUAUGCAGAGAGCGAGCUGGGGAGGCAGCAAGUGGUCGGUGCUCGCCACCUUUCUGCCGAAUCGUCGCCUAAUACUACCGCCAGCUUAGCUAGCUAGCAGCGAGCCUUUUUGGCCGCUGCUCCCGACAAGAUCGGCCUCCCGACGUCGUGCUCCUGCGGUCGCAGAUCGGGAUCUCGCGACUCGCGAGGCUGAAUCAUCCUCCAGACAUCCUACUUCAACGCCAGUCAUCUCUGGGGCUUUGGCCAGUCUUCACAGAUUGGAGCAACCGUUCUGAAGAUUUGACCCACCAUUGGAGAUGGGUACAAGGGUGCCAAUCUUACGCCGAGUAUCGAGCGCACUGUCCACAGCAUUGCUGGAGUGGAUCUUGAUGCUGCUGCUGUUCAUUGAUGCAGUUUACAGCUUCUUGGUCACUAGAUUCGCCCGUUUCUGCAGACUACCGGCACCAUGCCCUUUCUGCUCCAGGCUUGAUCACGUCCUGGGCAAUGAGAAACCAUGCUUCUAUAGGGAAUUGAUCUGCAAAACUCACAAGUCAGAGAUUUCAUCCUUGGCCUUCUGCCACCUCCACCAGAAGCUUGCAAGCGCCCAAAGUCUGUGCGAAGGGUGCUGUGAGAAAACAAGCGAUGAUGAGAUAGCAGAUGAGCCUGUGAUGGAUGUCAAUGAACUCGAUAGUAAUCAAAGGAAUGAUGUUGUGAGGAAUUCCAAUCCUACAAGAAUUUGCUCAUGCUGUGGACAACAUUUUAAACAACGGAGCGUACCCUUGGCCUAUAGAAAGAUUGCAGAACUAGAACAUACUGAAGCUGUUGGCUCACCAAAGAUUUACACGGAUUAUUCUGUAGCUGGUCAAGUGCAUGAGUCUUUGGAACCUAGAGAUAUUUAUCACCAGAGUGAUUAUACAUCUCAUGAGAGAGACAGUCUUCUACAGAUGACAUCCGACUCCGAGGUUGAGGUUCCUUGUGCCCAUGAUGUGAAAAGUUCACACUCUUGUGAAGCCAGUGCAGUGGAGGAAGACUUGCAAGAAGAUGCAGCUUGUGAACAGCCCGUUCUUCCUUCCCCUGAGGCGAUCAAGGAAUCUGAAAGAAAGGUUGAGGCGGAGCUUAAUGUUACAGACACCCACGAUACAUCCUCGACGUGUCCUGGUACAGAUGGCCAUCCUGAUAGCAGAACUGAUGGGGAUCGGAUGGAAGAGAAGGAAAGCUUAUUGACGAAAUGGGCAUCCCAGCAUGUUCCCAUACUUGUUAAAGAAGAUUCAUGUUUAAAAGAUGCCGAUAUCUCACAACUUCCAGCUGCAGCAAGUGAUGAGCUACCUCAGACUCGUGGUGAAACUGAACCAUCUCAGAGCACAAAUGAAGGCAACACUGACCCAUUCAGAUCUCAGUUCACAAUACUAGAAGAGCACUAUGCUGUUUCAGGAGAAAGAAAUAUAAACGAUGAUCGCGGGGAUAUCUGUGUUUCACAAGCUGGUGCUGAUUUCGAAACAACUGGUGAAGUUGAAGGUUGUAUUAAGAAAAUUGAACCCAUAGGUGACAUGGGGACACAUAAACUGGUAGUCCAAGAUCCUUCUGAUAAAGAUUGUGCAGAUGAACCUCACAUUCCAGCAGCCGCUGUUAAAUCAGGUGGUGAAGUUUCUCAGGAUCAUGGUACCAUUGAGGGAUACCCCAAAACAAGUGAAGCCAUUGUUGAAAGAAGGCCAUCUCUAAGCACUCAGAUUAGCAUGAACGAAGCCUACAGGCUUGCCAUUGGCAGCAAGAGUAGCUUGCCAUCCCCUACCUUGACGGAUGUGAUCCUCGGGAAGGACUCUACUUCUAGCAUAAACGAAGAAUUAAGGUUACUGUUAUCACAGCUCUCAGCUUCCAGGGGGCUCGAGGCACCAUGGGUCGAUCCAGGCCCUAGCCCCCGUGCAUAUGGACGUGGUGAUGAGCUGGUAGUGCAGAACAUUACCAAAAGAAUUUCACUGGAGAGAGAUGCAUCCGGUUUGGAAUCUCUAGACGGAAGCAUUGUUAGCGAGAUGGAAGGUGAAAGCGCCAUUGACCGGUUGAGACGACAGGUUGAUCUUGAUCGAAAAUCGAUACACCUGCUCUGCAGGGAACUUGAAGAAGAGAGGAAUGCCUCGGCCAUUGCUGCGAGUCAGGCAUUGGCUAUGAUCACCAAGUUGCAGGAUGAGAAGGCUGCAAUGCAGAUGGAAGCUUCACAUUACCAACGGAUGAUGGAAGAACAAGCAGAAUAUGACAGCGAUGCACUUGCAAAAGCUAACGAGUUGCUCGCUGAGAGAGAGCAGCAAAUAGAGGAACUGGAAGUUGAGCUUGAAAACUAUAGGAGACAGUAUGGAGGUGAACCAAUAGAGGAACAAGCCAAAACCCCCUUUAAACAAGAAAAUGCUGUUAUAGCUUUCCUCGAAGAAGGCGGUCUUGAAGUUCCUAUGAUUAACACACCAAGGGGCACAAAUUCUUUGGUGAGUUUUGAAGAGGAGAGAGCGUAUAUAGCCUCUAGUUUGAAAAAGUUGGAGCAGAAGCUUCAAUCCUACUCCAACAGCAGCACUUCUGACGAUUUAUCCACUUCAGAUGCUAUAGAGGAUGAUCUCUCGAACGAAGCAUCUGUUGCCGAAGACAGCUGGUUAAAUCGUCAGGAUAGCUCAAGGGAGACAGAGCAUACUUCCUCGGGUAAGGGAGACAGCUCAUCGGUAUUGAAUGGGGAGGUUGAUCUAACCACGGUUCAGAAAGAGAUUGCAAGCUUGAACAGAAGACUGAAGACGCUUGAAGGAGACCGGAAUUUUCUUGAACAUAGCAUAAACUCCCUCAGAAAUGGCACCGAAGGUUUGGUGUUUAUACAGGAGAUUGCUUGCAACCUGAGAGAACUGCGGGCAAUUGCUACUGACAAGAAAGAUAGCCUGCUGCAACAUGUGCAAUAGAUUCCAACUCAACACGUGCAUUGUGCAUUUUUGUAUCAUUAAUUAAAAGAAAUUCUUAUUGUAAUUAGGGUGCCAGGUACUCUUGUAAUUAUUUCAAAGGAACUUCCAAAAAGAAGGCUUGUACCUACAGGAGGCAGAUCUUUCUUUGCAAAUGACAAAAAAAAUGUGGACACGA